CGAGACGCGGUGACUUUCCGCCGAUUGGCGGAGAGCUGCAGGCGACGGGGCGGGGCCCUCCUGCGAUUGGCCAGCGGGCGGAGUCCGCCGCGCGCCGGUGCCACAACCCCCUCUCCGUCUCCGUCCGCGCGAGUGAGGGGAAAGCGCCGCUGACGGAGUCGCUCGCUCGGCCCGUCAUGGCGGUCUGCGCUCGGCUCUGCGGGGUGGGCCCGGCGCGGGGAUGCCGGCGGCGGCGGGGCGCCCAGCGGAAGGGCGCGGCGGGCGACAGCAGUGAGCUGGACACAGACCCGGAGGAAGGAGGCGGCGGCGGCAGCUGCGGGGAGGAGAAGGGCGAGGACGCCGCCGAGGAGCGCAUCGAGGGGGCGGCCUGGGCCCGAAGCAGCCCCCCACGCGGCCGCGCCCCGCUCUCCCUCCUCGAGCUGCCCCCGGAGCUCCUGGUGCAGAUCUUCGCCUCCUUGCCCGGCACUGAGCUGCCCGGCCUGGCCCUCGUCUGCAGCGCCUUCCGGCGCAUCCUCCGCACCGAUACCAUCUGGCGCCGGCGGUGCAAGGAAGAAUAUGGCGUCUGUGAGAACCUGCGAAAGUUGGAGAUCACCGGAGUGUCCUGUCAAGAUGUAUAUGCCAAACGUAUAAACCCACGAGUGAAGUCGGGGCGUUUUAUGAAAAUCCUUCCCGACUACGAGCACAUGGAAUACAGAGAUGUUUACACCUGCCUGCUCCACCGAUACCGGCACAUUUUGGGACUCUGGCAGCCAGACAUCGGACCGUAUGGGGGGCUCUUGAACGUGGUGGUAGAUGGCUUGUUCAUCAUUGGCUGGAUGUACUUGCCCCCUCACGAUCCUCAUGUGGAUGACCCAAUGAGAUUCAAGCCCCUUUUCAGGAUUCACUUAAUGGAGAGAAAGAGUGCCACAGUUGAGUGCAUGUAUGGCCACAAGGGACCCCACAGCGGGCAUAUUCAGAUUGUAAAAAAGGAUGAGUUUUCCACAAAGUGCAACCAGACAGAUCACCACCGAAUGUCAGGAGGAAGGCAAGAGGAGUUCCGGACGUGGCUGCGGGAGGAGUGGGGGCGGACUCUGGAAGACAUCUUCCACGAACACAUGCAAGAACUCAUCUUGAUGAAGUUCAUCUAUACCAGUCAAUAUGACAACUGCUUGACGUACAGGCGCAUCUGCCUCCCUCCACGUAGUCCAGAUGAUCUCAUCCAGCCGGGCCUCUUCAAGGGGACAUAUGGGAGCCAUGGCCUUGAAAUAGUCAUGCUCAGCUUCCAUGGAAAAAAGGCCAAAGGAACAAAGAUCACAGGUGACCCUAACAUCCCAGCAGGCCAGCAGACGGUGGAGAUUGACCUGGCACAUCCCAUCCAGCUGCCUGAUGUUGAAAACCUGCAUGAUUUCAGCGAACUCUCUCGCAUUGUCCUGGAGGUGCAAGAGCAGGUGCGGCGGGAGCAGGAGGAGGAGGAAGGGGAAGGCCUCCCAGUGGAGCGCCAGCCGCAGGCCCAGGAAGAGGAGGAGGAGCAGCAGCAGCCGGGGCUCUCUCGGCAGGAAGGGGGCGGAACAGAAGGGCCCCCAGCUGAAGAGGGAGCAGCAGCCCAGGGCUCUCCACCAGCCUCAUGCCCCUUUGUGCUGCCGGGCGGCAUUGCGUCCAGGAAUGAGGAUUACCCUCGGACCUGCAGAGCAUGCUUCUACGGCACGGGACUCAUCGCCGGCCACGGCUUCACCAGCCCUGAGCGAACCCCCGGCGUCUUUGUCUUGUUUGAUGACGACCGCUUCGGCUUCAUCUGGCUGGAGCUGCACUCAUUUAGUCUCUACAGCCGCAUCAAGGACUCCUUCCAAAAUGCUGACGCUCCAUUGCGGGAGGCUUUUGAUGAAAUGUUGAAGAACAUCCAGUUACUGACAUCAUGAUGGUGGCUGUCCCUGAGUGACAUGACAGAGUGCCCGUCCCUGCAGCCAUAGAGCUUGAGACAGCAUGCACUUCCCGAGAAGGCCUUUUUACCAAAAUGUACACAUAUUCUCACUCUCCUUGGCGCACUAACGAUUCUCCCACAGUAUGUUAUGUAUAGUUUGUAAAAUAGCUCUGUAUAUUUGGAAGGCAGCCUCCCAAGGCAGUGGCCACUUGCAUGCUACCUGUUCCUUUUGCUCUCUCCCCCCCCCAUUGGUGCUUGAAUGGGGACAAACCAAGGGUAGUGCCUUUCAGACCGUGUAAAUAGUUGAAUAGCAGAGAUGUGUGUGUGUGUGUGUGUGUAUUUCACUAAGAGCGAGCGGCCACUUGGUAUUCUCUCUGGGCAGGCAAGCUAUUCUCCAACAUGACUCAGGAGCCUCAGGCUUCUUUUCUGAACAUGUCUCUCUCACUUAAGAAUCAUGUUUGCUUUUUCUAAACAAUAAAUAAAUCUGUGGCUGGCUGCCAUGAGAUACAAAAGUUCCCAUGCACUGCAUCACUCUAGGAACUUUUCCUUUAAACACAGACCUAAGUGUAAAAUCUGGACUAACUAUUCAGGUUGCCACAUCCUGACUGGGCAUCUCUGUCAAUGGUGGGGAGGGCAGAGAGAGAGAGAGAGAGAGACAACAAACAGCACUGUUGCCUCUUGGCUUCCCAUUCCACCGGUCCCCUUGUUUUCCAGCUGCUGGUCAAGGGAAGCAAAGAUAUCGUUGGAUCACUCAAGUAGGAGGUGUUACUCUUGUAGAUUCUCUCUUCCUUUAUUUUCUGUCUCUGAGCCCAUUGUGUGACCUGGAACAGAACUUUGCAGCAUGACAUGGCUCCAGGCUCUGGUCUGCUGCUGCUGAUGCCGCUGCUGUCACUAUUGGUUUUAUUUCCUGAAUUCUGUUCCACGGCACAGUACAUGCGCUCUCUCCUCCUCUCCCUUCCCAUCCACAUCAGCCCCUGUGCCUCUUGUGUGAGGGGGCUUAAUGCUGGAGCCCCACCCCUUCUCCCCUUGCCUCGCUUUGCUUGAGGAGGAGAAUCUCUCGGAAGAGAAGCCCGGAUGCACCAGUGAAAUCAAGUGGCAGCUGCCUUUGGGCAUCCUGCUGGUUACAAACCAGCUACUCUGGGUUGCUGCCACCUUACUCUCUUCGUGCCAUGGUAUGCACUACAAAAUGCAAGCAGUGUCCAGCACCCUCAUUCCAAUUUGCACCCUUAACACGCCUUAUGGGAAGCUGUGUGGUUCUCAUGCAGUUCUAAGAUUUGUUCUGUAAUCUCCCUUCAUUUGGUUUAGAGAUCCUUCAUGGGAAUAGCCUCCUUUUAAACAGCUGGAGCUUGCAAAUAUAUGUCUGAUUUGCGGAAUCUUUGAAUUUUUCUUUCUUUCUUUCUUUCUUUCUGCUUUUAGUAACCCAACCCCAGACUUGUGGAUAUGAUAGUGCCCACUGCACCCUCUUUUCCAUCUCCUCUUGACGUCCAUCCUCUGCAAAAUAUUCAACUCCUUCGGCCACUAGGAAGGGAAGCUAGAGAAGGAAUGAUGGCCAACCACCAUAUUCCUGUGAAAUCACCACUGAGGGUGUCCGAAAUGAACAACCCACAGUCUGUAGGAUCAGUACUUCAGCCACUGCGUUCCUCUGCCACAUCACCUCAUGCACCUUCCUCUGAAGUUCUCUCGGGGGUCUGUGGAAGAUGCCACAGCAGAAAUCCCCUUAGCAUCCCCAAUCACAGCUUUGUAGAAACAAAAUUUUCUUCUCUUCCUGUAUCCAUCAUUGAAGAAUCUGCUCUUUGCUUUUUUGCAGUAUUGUAAUUGCCCUCUGCUGUAUGUUUAGUUACUGUUGCCUUACAUGAGAAGAACUGCAGUCUUUCUGUAUGAGCAAGCAGGGUAGUUUGGCAUGUCUUGCAUAGUCCUUUCUCAAGGGAGAUGUUGCUUUGUCUCCUACAGCACCAGCAGCAACAGCAAUAAAUCCAUUCUUUGCAGCAUCAAGGACUCAAAAGCUACACUUUAGCCAGAUUACAACCCAUAAUGAUGAGAAGAGGAUGAAGAGGGAGGUUGAGGUCAGGAACAGGGGUGCAGGGCAGAGGGAGCAAGAGCAGGGACGUGAUGGAAACUGGGAGGCGUAAGGGCCUGUCUACAGCAGCAAUGUCUGAGGUGGAGCCAGGUCUAGGGAAACGCGGGAGGAAGCCAAGGAGCAUGGAAGGUCAGCCUUGAGGACAAGGCUGCAGUUCCUAACAUCAAUGCAGAAAAGAGUUGCUUGUUGAAUGGACAACCUCCAGUUGACGAACCUGAAGUGUGUAAUCCAGGGAUUGCCAACCCAUCACCCUCACAUGCCAUGGUGCCCAUGAAGGCCUUCAGUGGCGCCCCCAGCAGGUAGUCCAGAAUCCAAGCUUUCAUUUUAAAAAAAGUAAGACUGUAGCCCUCCUAGAAAGUAAAUUAUGGAGCAAAAUGUGCAGGUACCCUUCUAAGCGAUUUCUGUGAAAUGAGCCUGCUUGGUUCUUGUGCCUUUAACAGCUGUCUGGCAGGCAUAAAUUCAACAGGUCAAGCCUUUCCUAGUAUAGAAAUACGAUCAUGGGAAAAGCUUCACAAUGACCACUCUCUAAUUUUGUGUUAUGCCACGCCUGCAUGGCAGCCAUUUUGUGACUGGUGCCCCCAGUAAUUGUCAAAAAUUUUAAAUGUGGACCAAAAAGGAUGGCGACUCCUGGUGUAAUAAAUUCAAGAGCUGCUGCAGGCCAGUUACAUUAGAGGUUGCUGAACUUGUAGGUUGGCUGUAAGAGGCUUUUAUACCCUCUCCUUUGUGAACAACUGGCUGCAGAGCCAGAUAGGUGCUGUGUGUGUGCGAGAGAGAGAGACCUUUGUCCCCUGAUGAAGGCUGAAUUGCCAGCAGGAUCAUGGUUUCUUGUAAACCAUAUUUCUGCCUUUUCAACAGUCUGUCCUCAGGGCUUGUACUUUAGAGGUUUGCUUGUAAGCAAAAGCAAUAGGCCUGCAUAAUAUUAGACAGAAGGCGAAAUGACUGGCAAGUAGCCCAUGGAAGUGUGAAAAUCAUUUGAGUAUCUGUGGCACACCAAAGUGGCUUUUGUAGCAUGAGUACAGGAACUUGUUGAAUCCAGUAAGCUAUACAAGUAGUCGAGAAAGGCUCUUCUGUUUGCUUGCAUCUCAUUGUUGCCGUUAAUUCACACGAUAAAUUGCGUCUAGUACUGAUAAAGAGUGAAGUGCUGCAAUUAUGCUGUUAUUGAUCAACUCAGGCAUAGCUGCACAGUAUGCGUGCAGUAGUGUCUGAGUCCUUGCUUGAACCUUUCCCAAAUGGAGCAUUUAUACAGCUUCGUCUUUCUGGAAGAACUGAGAUGUGGAGGGAGAUUCUGCAGUUUUCAGAGCUAGAAAGUGGGAACUUCUCCUGGUUUGACUAUUCCAUCAAUAGCUGUCCCUCAAUAGCCUGAGAGAGAGAGUUAUGGCCACAGGCUGGUCCAGUGGGGACUGUGGUACAGAUCUCAUUGGCUACCAAAAAUGAGUGAAAAUGAAACAUAAUGUAGGUCUUCUGCAAAUGGGCCCAAUGAGAGCAGAUGGAACUGAAUCCUAUCUCUAAGGGUUUGUUCAGAAGGUAGCUGCCACCUUCCCAGUGCCCCACCCCCCACAACCUGCUCCAGAACUGGUUGCAGGGGCAGGGAGGGGAGUUGCAAGGGGAAAGCUGCAGCGUUGUGCCACUUUGGACUCUGCUGUUCACGCUGACUCCACAAAGUCCGGUUCUGCUGCUUUUCCUAGCUGGGAUCAGCAUGGCAAUGACCCCAUUCUGUGUGUAGCUUGCAGGUGCCAGGAGUUCUCAGCUAGCUGUGGCUGAUUCCCAAAUAGGGGAACUCAUCACACUGGCCUUGACCAUAGAACGCUGCCUUGACGUGAAUCUGAUUGUUGGUCCAUUUAGCCUGUCAAGGUGGAAGGGACUCUCUGCGAACUAACCCCGGAGGUCUUUCUCAGCCUUCUUCACUGAAGAGGUCCUUUUAAGCUGGAGGUGUGACCCUGGGGCCUUUCUGCAAAGCACGUGCUUUACCCCUAACCUCUGGCCAGUCUUCCUAUUAAUUAGGAUAUGUAUUUAUUUAUUUAACAUUAACUAGCAAAAUGCCUAUUGUUACUACAUGUAGGGCUUAUGAGAUGGGAUGCGUUAUGUUGGAUGGCUGUGUGUGCGCAGGCAUGAGCACAUGUGCUCACAUGCAACUCCCCACUGUACAUCGGGGGGAGGGGGAGGGCUGGAUGUGCCCCAAGUGCGACACUUUUUAGCUUUUUCCCCGUAAGAAUGAAUGUCCAUCAACAUGGGAGAAAGUUAAGAGGCCUCACUGGGACCUGGGACCGCAGCCGUGGAGAAUCUAGCCUGCUCCCAACUGCACAGGCCUGACCCCUCUUCUGUUCCUGGUCACCAGAGAAUGUUGGCAGCUGCCUGUGCUGCACUUUGCCCAUCUGUGUGCUUGGCACUUUGCAGGGUACCACAGGAGAAGGAAAAAGGGACAGAGGUCUCUGCCCUGAGGACUUCACCGUUGCAUUUCAGUAGGCGGGGGAAUGGCAUACAAACAAGAGACGCAAGGGAAACAGGAGAUGAAUGUACGUGGUGAUGCAAGGAGGUAAUUUUUAGACUCUGGAUUUUGUGUCAUGCGUGUGUGUGUGUGUGUGUGUGUGGCUCGAUGGCAACACAUGAUGUCACUCACUUCCAAAGUAGUAAGCCAGCCCUGCUGCAUUUGGGGGCCUCCUGUUCAUUCUCCUGUGUUGGGCCUUGGUGUCUGCCCCCGAGUCCUGCUCGGAUGGCACUCCUGAAUAUGUGCAAGUGUAAUCACUUAUAUAUUUAGGCUUGGUUUCAGGUGGUGGCAAGUCCUGGCUCUUGUGCUGGGCACUAUGUCGUUGGCCAGCCUUCAGUUACAUAUAUGAAUAGGUGCACUUUUAGAAAUGGCUAUCCUGUUUUAAAACUUGCCCCUUCGACCUCCUGUUGCCACAACUCUUUCUCUGCUGAAUGGGAGAGGGGUUUCUGUUUGCCUUCCCCCAGAGGCCGCGGUGUGUCAUGUGUGCCAGAGUUAGCAGCAGGCUUCUGCCUUUGGCCCAUGACCUGUGCAGAAGUCGAGGUGCCGAGGAGCUUCCCUGAUUUUGGCAGCUGAAUGGAAGAAUGUUGACACUUCCCAUUCAUCCUUUCUAGCCAUGUGGAUUUACAAAGCAGCCACUUUUGCUUUUAAAACCGGCCACUUUUAUUUCCUGCCCGUCCCAAGGUGUAAGGAGGCUUACAGAUAAAGCCACAGUGGUCAAGCCUGAGGUUUGCCUACUUUUUGGGUCUUGGAUACGCAAGCUCCAUUUCCACUUGCUUAUUGUUGCUCAAGGAGCCUUUUCCCAUUUGAGAUAAUAAAAAGAGAUUUUGUGAGACUGAGACUGGUGUUCUCUGAUGUUAUGACUCCAACACACAGGAAGCCACCUUAGACCAGGUCCACUUAGUUCAGGGUUGUGUCAUCUGACAGGGGCCACCACAUAGGCCUUUCCCACAACUUGCUCCCCAAAGGCAACAGGUUCUGUCAGGGACUUAAGGUGUGACCUUCUGCAUGCAAAACAUGAGUUUAUGGACCCUUUGCAAAUCAAGGCAGCCUCGCCAGUGGUUCCCUCCAUCUCCUACAGUAGCGGGUUAGCCCGUAAUUUAUUUCCUCUGUGGGGAGGGGAAUCCCUUAAAGCAAGGGGAGGAAAUCUUUUUCAGCUCCAGGGCCAAAUGCCCUGGGGAUCACAUGCUGCUAAUGGGGGAGGGGCCACAAACAGGUGGGUGGAGUAAUGACUGGAUUUACCUUUGUACAGUCGGCUACUUUCCAUGCGUGCUUGCUCUCUCCUUCCGUCCAGACAAGCAUGAAGCAUGAUGGUGUUGAAGGGCAUUCCAGCCAGGUGCAAACCCUCAAGGAGAAUGUGAAGGGGGGGGAGUCCUGAGAGCCAGAUGGGGGGAGCUUGGUGGGCUGCAUUUCCCCACCCCUGCCUUAAAACAUUUCAGGGCGGUGGGGCUUGCAGAGCAAAGGAAGUGUUUCAAGCAGUCACAAAUUGGCAGAUUCAGAAGUGCUAGCUCCCUUGAUAGACACAGCCCUGCCCCUCCCCUUUUUUGCUGAAUGAGAUCCUUGGUAAUGCCUUCUCAUACAACAGCAAACUCCCUGGGAGCCAAUAAGCAUGAAAGAAGAGUGUUAGCUACUGAGAAGUCUUCUCUACUGACAAACCUCAGCCCAGACUUUUCUCACUACCAUCAGUGCCUCCUGAUUCUGUCUUAAUUCAAGUGACCUGCAGCAGGGGGUCCCCCCCCACCAGUGAAAAAAUGUCUCUCUCUGCUUCAUUCCCCCCCCCACCACUCUUGGAAAUAUCCAAGCUGUGAGAACACAGGAAUGCAACACAUUAGUUGUACAGUUCAGUCUGGGUGGAGGCUAAGGGGGCCUGGAUUUGAUGGUGGUUUUGGAGGCAUAACUUGUAAAACAUGUUGAAUUCAAGAGGAUGAUUAAAUCUCGUGCUUGCUCAU